AUGGACUCCAUUGAAGGAGACAACGUCAUAAGCAUAAAUGUUGGAGGCACGAUUUACAUGACCACUCUGAACUUGAUUUGCAAAUACAGGAAUUCUCGUCUAUGUGAAAUUGUUUUAGAGAAAUUGAAGGCUAUGCCGGACCUGGAUAAUCACCAUAAGAGGAAGGAAAUAUUCAUCGAUCGAAACGGAAACAGGUUUGAAUAUAUUUUGGAUUUCCUUCGAGAUGGAGUGCUGAUAUGCGAAAAUGACAUCAACGUGUUGACGCGCAUACUAAUCGAAGCUGUGUACUUCAAAUUGUUUUCCCUAAUAAAAAUUUUGAAAAAAAAAAUCCAACUGUUGUAUUCAAACAUGGGGAGUAAUGUGAACAAGAAUAUUUUCAAAAACAUUAUUGGUACACUGGAGGAGAAAAAACAAAAUAAAAUAAAAAGUAAAGAAAAAAAUAAUAGCAUAUCGAGGAUGCUGAACAAAAUUUCUGCACACAUUAAGAAGCACAAGGAAGUGAAAUGUUGCAUUGUUAAAAAGAAAAAAAAUCACAACGUUCAUUCUUUGAACAAAGUAAAUUUAUUAAAUGAAUUGAAUGACGGAGAUGAGUCUUUCACGAAGGGGGAGGUUAACAUGGCGAACUACAAACUCUUGUCUAGUGCUCCAAGGGACAGCGGCAAAGAGGAAAAGGAAAUUGUGUUUGUAAAGGACUUGGGGGAUAAAGAAAAAAAUGGCGCAAACAUUGAUUUUAAUAAUGAAGGGAAAGUGAACACGCAACAUAAUUUACCAGAAAUUAUUCUUCCUAAUCCGUCUACCCUAUCAAAAUACACCAAAAACCUUGACUACAAUAUAACGAAUAAUUUUAAAAAUGAGGAAGACAAAUUGAAGAAUAAAAAUAAUGCCAAUGGUUCCAAUCAGAUAAAUUGUUUAGUGAAAAAUAUAGAAAGGAAGGGUUACUCCCCUGUUUCUCUAUCACCCAAUGGAAAUUUAAAAAGUGGGGACAACAAAACGCUUUCCUUCGCGAAGAGCACCAGUAUUUUUAUCUACGGCAAAGAAGAUGAGAUAGCCCACAACGGAAUAAAGGAUCCCGUGGGCACCUCCACACAGAGUUCCAACAGAAGCUUAUCCCCGACUAGCAUAGGAGGUGCUAACUAUUUAGGCUACUCCAGUUUCGACAAUUACACAAGCACUAGCGACCAUCUCGAUAGGGCCUGUUACAAAUAUAAUAAUUAUACUUAUAACAAUAUGAACAAUCCGAGGGGGCAAAUUUUAGUUCACUCUGAAAUUGAUGACAUCGAAGAAACGUCCCCUUUCCCAAUUUUGUCGAACGUUAAUUUAGGUGAACAAAUCUUCAGCACGACGGUGGAUUUUUAG